AUGGGGGACGUGAUCUCGGCGCACCUGGACGACAGCCGCCGCCAGUUCAUCGCAGAGAAGACUGGCAAAGUCCUUGCAGAUUUCUCUCAGUUCUAUGAGGAGCAGUAUGGUGUUGCGCUCUUCAACAGCGUCCGGUAUGAGAUCGAAGAUGGAGGGGGGCCCCAGGCACAGCUGCUGCACCGCAAGGUUCCACUGGAGGAUCGCACCAUCUUCUCGGGAAAUCUUUUCCAGUACAUAGAAGAAAACAAGAAGUGGAGAAACCGCUACAGUGUCGUGCCACACAAUUACGGGCUGGUGCUCUAUGAAAACAAACUGGCCUACGAGAGGGGGCUGCAGCCCCGAAUUCUAGUCAACAGUGCUGGCUACAAAGUUCUCACCUCCGUGGAGCAAUAUCUGGAACUGAUCAACAAUAACCUGCCAGGUCCUGCGCCCAGAUCUGGCAAUGCCACCGUGCUGAAGUGCCCCACCCAGUUUCCCCUCAUCCUCUGGCACCCUUAUGCCCGGCACUACUACUUCUGUGUGAUGACUGGCAAGGAACAUGAGAAGUGGCGGGCCGUCUUCCAGGACUGUGUGCGCCACUGCAACAAUGGGAUCCCAGAGGACUCCAAAGUAGAAGCGCCUGCAUUCACGGAUGCCGUCCGCAUGUACCGCCAGGCCAAGGACCAGUAUGGAACCUGGGAUAUGCUCUGUGGCAACGAAGGACAGGUCUUGAGCAACUUGGUGAUGGAGGAAAUCCUGCCUGAGCUAAAAAACAUGAUUGGUCCUCGCCUGAAGGGCAAAGCCCAGGAGAGGCACAGAGUUUGGAUCCAGAUCUCCGAUGCUGUGUAUAGGAUGGUCUAUGACCAGACGAAAGCCAGUUAUGACGCAGCUGUGACAUCAUGUGAGCAUCAGCGUCCCAGGAUGCAAAGCACCAUCCGCACAGAUAUGGACCAGAUCAUCCAAUGCAAGGAGCACUUGGCCAGCAAAAUUAAAGCCUCUGUCCUUUCCAAAGCCGAGAUCUGCGUGCGCAACCACGUCCAGCCGUACAUCCCUUCCAUCUUGGAGGCGCUGAUGGUUCCCACCAGCCAGGGUUUUGCCGAGGUGCGAGAGGUCUUCUUCAAGGAGGUCACCGACAUGAACAUGAACAUCCUCAAUGAAGGAGGAAUGGAAAAGCUGGGGGAGUAUAUGGCCAAGCUUUCCCAGCUGGCUUUCCACCCAGUCAAGAUGCAACCCUGCUACGAGAAGAUGGACCAGUUGAAGCUGGAAGGGCUGCAGCAGAGGUUUGACGUUUCCAGCGCCUCGGUCUUCAAGCAGCGAGCCCAGAUCCUCAUGAGGCAGCAAAUGGACGAUGCUGUCUACACCUUUGAGACUCUUCUUCAUCAGGAGCUGGGGAAAACAGCAAGCAAGGAAGAGCUCUGCAAGACGAUCCAGCGCAUCCUGGAGCGUGUGCUCAAGAAAUAUGACUACGACAGCAGCACAGUGCGGAAGAAGUUCUUCCGGGAAGCCCUGCUGCAGAUCACCAUCCCCUUCCUGCUGAAGAAACUGGCGCCCACUUGCAAGGGGGAUUUACCCAAAUUCCAGGAGCUGAUUUUUGAAGACUUCAGUAGGUUCAUACUGGUGGAAAACACAUACGAGGAGGUGGUGCUGCAGUCGGUCAUGAAGGACAUCAUGAUGGCUGUGAAAGAGGCAGCGGUGCAGAGGAAACACAACCUUUACCGCGACAGCAUUGUGAUGCACAACAGUGACCCCAACCUGCAUUUGCUCGGCGAGGGGACGCCCAUCGACUGGGGGGAGGAGUACGGCGGCCAGCCGGACUCGGAUCCUUCGGACGAAAAACAGCGCCGGGCCAAGCAAGUGGUGUCCGUCAUCCAUGUGGACGAAGAUGCUGUGCCUUACGAUGUCACGUCCCUGGAGGGGUCCCCACAAGUGACAGAGCCGGAAGAAUUGGGCCGCUCCCCUAGCUCUCCGACGCCAGGCUCUCCCGGCAGCGUGGAGGAGCUUCGCGGGAUGUUGGUGAAAGAGUUUCAAGUGGAGGUUCCGGUGGCGGUCAGCGAGAAGGCGGAGGAGCAGCUGAGCAACGGCACCGUCAUUCAGGAAAGCAAUGAAACCGUAAAGGAGAAAGAGGGGAAAGGGCAGGCGGAGGAUCGCUCCACAGGAAUCCCCGCUACUCAGCAGGGUGAGGAACGGGAGGCCGUCGCCGCCCCACCAGCCUCUCCCGCCAAACUGCCGUCCCCGGCCCCUGCCAGAGAAGUCCAGGUGGACUGCCUUAAGCCCAGCGAUAAGGAGACGGGGGAGGAGGUGUCUGCCCAGAUCUGCAAGGUGGAAGCGAGUAGCCAUGGGGCCGCAGAAGACAGCGAGGGGGUGCAGACUGAGUUCUAA